CUCAUCUCAACUCCUAUUCCAUCUCUUAUCCUACCACCACUUUCCCCCCCCAAACACACACAACGAGCCAUGGGCCGCGUACUGCUUAAAGUAAUUAUACUCGGUGACUCAGGCGUAGGCAAGACCUCCUUGAUGAACCAAUAUGUCAACAAGCGCUUCUCGAACCAGUAUAAGGCUACUAUCGGCGCAGACUUCUUGACUAAGGAGGUCAUGGUAGAUGACAGGCUUGUCACCAUGCAGCUCUGGGACACCGCAGGCCAAGAGCGCUUCCAAUCCUUGGGCGUCGCCUUCUACCGCGGUGCCGACUGCUGCGUGCUCGUAUACGAUGUCAACAGCGCCAAGUCGUUCGAGACGUUGGACAGCUGGCGGGACGAGUUCCUUAUCCAAGCGAGCCCGCAUGACCCGGAGAACUUCCCUUUUGUCGUGUUGGGGAACAAGGUUGAUGUGGAGGAAAGCAAACGACAGGUAUCGCAGAAACGCGCCAUGACCUGGUGUCAAUCGAAAGGGAACAUCCCCUACUUUGAGACCUCUGCCAAAGAAGCUAUCAACGUCGAGCAAGCUUUCCAGACCAUCGCCAAGAAUGCGCUGCAACAAGAAGCCGAAGUGGAGCUGUAUAAUGACUACCCGGAUCCGAUCAGGAUCGAUAGCGAUACCGCGCAGACACCGUGUGGGUGCUGAGCGUCGACUGCGUUGUGUUCCACUUUGUGGACGUGGUGGAUAGAGUGGUGAUGUUUCUUCUCGCUGUUUUCUACUUCAUGAUGUGCACGACACCCUGCUGGUGGCGUGUGUGCAAGCGUCGUUCUCCGGUCCACAUAUCUAUCCUCCUUCCCUUUUACGUUUAUGAACCACAUCCUUCCUCUCAGACUCGGAUUUUUAACGCCCUUUCCGCGUCCCUCCCCCAUUCCUACCUGCCGGGCAGAUGUGCACCCACAAGACCCCCUAGUCUUGCACCUGCAGCUGAGGGACAAGCGGCUAAUGACACCCCACCCUUCCCUUCCCUUCCUCCACCUGUUCCUUCUUUCCCUCUUCUCUAACAUCACUGUGGGUAGCAUACAAUGUUCUCUUGAGGAAUAGGAUGCGUGCAAUCU